ACUAAAAGUAGAAGUUCAUGAUCUCAUCAGACAGAGCAGGGGUAAGCAAUUUUGUCAGUUUGGUGGCUACAAUUAUGUCAGGUGUUUGUUCAAACUAAGCAGGAGUUCACACAGCAAAACUAAUUAAUUAUUUGAAGAAUGGGACUAGCUGAUUAAAGAAGUGGAAUCUGCUGUUUGUGCUUGACUGGAAUGCAAACCUGCAGCCACACAGGCUCUUUACUGAUAAGAUUGCUGAGCCCUGAGCUAUAGCAUGGACUGAAAAGGCUGGCCCAACAAUGGACAGUGGAAGAUGAGGAAGAAACAGAGCGAGAGCGGCGGAGGAAGACAAAAUGCUCCACCACCAUGGACCCAGACAACAGUCCCAGUGAUGAAACUGAACCACAAGUCACUAGUGAGCGUUCAGCUCCUGAAAACAGUGACUCUAGUAGUGGAGGGCUGGAACAGCUACAGAUGGACUUUGUGGAAAUGCUACGAAUGCGAGAUGAACGUCGGAGGAGGAGACAUAUGGAGACACUGAACAGGCAAAGGAAAGAGGAUCAAGGAAGAGAUGAAGCCACAGAACAGGGAGACAGCACUGGAGAGGUGUGGGGAGAGAUGCUGGAGGACAUAAAGGAUGAUGACAUAAGGAGAGAAAAUGGAAGCACAAACUUUGAUCAUAAUUUGACUAUAGUCACAGCAAAAGAGACGUCACAAAAAUUUGUAAGCUCUCUUUCCAUAUCUUUUGAAAAAAGUUCUGCAUCACCUGGGGCAGCAAGCAGACUAAGUCCCACGUCUCCACCUUCGCAGGUCCCGGGAGUAAAUAACGUGAUGAUCCCUACACACAUUGGAGAAUUAAAGGGAUGUCAGAAUGGAUCAGCAAGCAUUUCUGAACCUGCAGGCAAGCCGCCAUUUACACGACAGAGCUCCAGAACCAAGUCCUUUAGGAUAUUGAAGAAAAAAGAAGAAGAAAACAUGCCAUUACAGAGAAGUGCAAGUAUGCGGAUUGCAACAAAGAAAUUUGAACCCAACAGGGGAGCUAAUGAAGAUGAGGGGCAGCAGUCUCAUUUUCAAAGAAACACUAGGCAAAGAGUGUCUUCCCGCUGUAUUCAGGAGAAGGUGGAGAGACUGGCCCAAGCAUCACAGAAAUGGGAGGCAAUAAAAUCACCAACGCUGGUCCACAAGACCCUAUUCUUGGUGGAUGAAGUGGCAAAAAAAAGAGAGCUGUUUGAGAAAGAGCAAGCAAUAUCCGAAAGUACACUUGCAGCCAGCAAACAGGACUAUCGCACAGUCUCUGCUGGGAUUUCAGACCGAAUCAAUCGCUGGGUUCAGAAGAAAACACUUCAUAGUUUGUCAUCACUCACUCCCACUGAUGUGAGACAUGUAGACAUCACCAGCAAGAAGAUGCUGUUUGAAAGAGGUCAAGAGGAGGGCCACCAAACAACAAAAUGAAGUUUUCACUUGCCUACCACACACACAUGUACAACACCAAACUGUUAAUUGUUAGCCAAUUGUCAUUGUUACCUAAUGUAAUUUGGUUUAUCACACCAUGCAUGGCAGGAGACAAAUAGGUUUGCUUUAUUUUCCCAAAGUUUGCAGUUUUAGAAGGAUUAUAAGGACAGCUAGGUGAACUGCCUUUAGCAUUUUUCAUCACAUUCUUCAUUGCUAAUUGCUAGUUCUUAAUUACUUCUUAUCAUUGCUGAAAAGUUGUAAAUACCAAGCAUACAUUAUUUCAGCCUAUAUUUGUUUGUAGGUUUUAAAGAAAGCUAUUAAUUGUUAUGGAUUAUAGUUUCUUUACAAUAUACUUUGAAAAAGUCAUUUUCUGAGUCUUUUAAUCUGUGCAAUAUACUCGACACUUGUAAAGUGACAAAUAUAAAGCAAGAAAUUUGAUUUACUAUAUUCUCCACCAAGAAUGCUGCACCCCCUCCCUAAUUUGUGCUAUUAUAACUAAUCUGUAGCUAAUCACUGUAAACAUGGUUGUGGAUAUUGUGUUUUUAAUUCCUAUUGCACUAUACUUUUAUCUUUACAUUUUUAGGCACUACACAUUUAUUUCCUUUA